AUGGGACCCAGCACGGUUAGCGCGGUGACUGCCCAGGAGAAAUGUGCGGAGGUUUGGGCCUACCCUGUGGAGGUCGACUCACAAGAGGAACUGAGAUUUGUGGCCAAUCUUACACACAGCUCCUCCAUCACAAAGUCCACAAUCGUAGGUGUGUCCUAUGAGAACAUGACUGACGGGAGGGGGAUGUUUGUAAAUCGGAACUGGAAGACCCCGGGCUGGGACAGUUGGAACUAUCAGCCACUGACCAGUGACCAGUGUGUCCAGCUGAAGUGUUCCAGCGGCGGGUGUUACUAUAACGACAUCUCCUGCACUACAGAUGCAACAUACUACAUCUGUGAAAGACAUGCAGGAACACGGUGUGGCCCGGGUUGGGUUCAGUCCGAGGGAGCCUGCUACUACAAGCAUGUCGAGUCCGGUGGCCCCGUCGCCACUGACCACUGUCAACAGGCUGGCCAUACUGCAGUGGUCAUCAAGAAUGUCACUCACAUGGAGAGGCUCAUACACGACCUUGACAUUGGAGACCGGAAGUGUCUGACUGGUGCUACAUUAUCUAACGGCAGAUACACCUGGGGCACGGGUGGGGAUAGAGCAUUCUUCGAUAAAGACAUUGUUACCAAGUCUGCAGCAUGUAUUGUGGUGUCUGGCCACACUGCCACCCAUGGUGUGAGUCCACUGUGUGAUACGGACUGUAUCAUAUGCCAACAGGACCUCCAGGCAGACUUUUCUGUUGAUAAUGUUCAUUUCUAUGAACGAGUUCUAUCAUCAGAUGAAAUCAGGAAUCUCUCACGUGAAGAGGGUCUUGUAGAACACCAGCUGAGUUGUCCCAUGAACACAGAUGACAUUAUCUCAUCAACAUCCAUUAGUUGUAAUGUCACAAAUGCAAGUACCAUCAAUGCAAUCACCAUGGUAACCAAUGAGGCGAAAAUAGUACCGGACACACUCGGAAGACAGACUGUAUCAUUAGGAGAUGGAGCAACGUGGACAACCCCGGGCGCAUUCGGUAUCGCUGGAUCCAAACUUGGGAUGACGUGUGCAUUCUGGGUUUAUGUGUCGAAUGAUACUGAGUCGGUUCUGUUUGAUUCGAACACAAGCAAACACAAUGGACUGACAAUCACAUAUGCAAAAAGGAUGCUAUCUGUGCAUGCAACGGAGCCUAACUUUGAAUGGUCCACCCGGACAUGGUUCCCCGUCCACGACUGGACGCAUGUGACUGUGACCUGGCAUGAGACAUUGGGGCUGUACCUGUAUGUCAAUGCCGAGGUGAUGUCCACCAACACAACAGGCAUGCCCCUUCUAGGAUAUCUCUCUGAUGUCAACAUCCCCAGUCAGCUGCGCCUUGCCUACCACAUGAAUGGUACUACAGCAUUGAUGAAGGAUCUCGUUGCAUCCAAGUCGAUGUGGUCUCAAGAACAGAUUGAAAAGGCAUAUGAUGCUGUCAACUUAAGAUAUAGUGUAACAUUUGACGAGGAAUACAGAGCAAAAUGGGAUAACCUGCCGAUCAUACGGAAUAAAACCGUGACGUCAUUUGUGUGGAGAAACUCCCUCUUCUACAACGCUAUGCACGUCAACAAUUCCAAUGGUGGCGAGGCCGCCCCAGCCGCCGUCUCUACAGGCCAGAUGAGGAACUGCUUCACCAGGAUAGAGUCCUGCAAGGGGCCAAUGACAUUAUCCUUCUGGCUGCGACCCAUCGCCUUCAAAAGCCCGCAAACCUACAUCACUGCGUACACUCCUUCAACCAUGAAGGGGGACAGAACCGUUUCAUUGAAGGUGUCGUACGACAAUAACAAAGAUUUCUUCCACUUCCGAAUCUGCCACAGCAAACUCGAGUACGAUUUCGCCUUCACUAUGGACUUCCUACGGUGGUCCCACCUCCUGAUUAGCUUUGGCGAGGAUUGUCAACUGUCGGUGAACGGUGAGAAGAUAGACAACCUGACGACUUCGCACGUACCGACACACAAGGACCCCAUCCAGCCCUUCUCGUACCUGGAAAUAGGAACCCACGGGGUGUUUGACAUAGAUGACAUACAGUUCUAUGCUGCCGUGAAGCAGCACUGGGAGCUCUAUAGUUACGAUAGCCUUGUUGUUACCAUGGAGGAGGGGGAUAUGCAGAACGCGACAGAUCCCGGGAUAUCCUUUGACUUUGAUUCAUUUGGAACACAUGUAUACGAAGGCGGUCUUAACGGUUUGGCAUUAAUCUUAAACAAAACCGGAUUCAGCCUUCGAGGAAUCAACUCGACCUGCUUCAAAGACAUCUCAUACUGCACGUUUGGUGUCUCUGUCACUCUCUGGACAUCCAUAGAAAGCAUUCCAACAACAUCCAGUAAACUGCAGCUGGUACAGAUAGGGGGGGACCCUGAGGUAAACAUCACUGGGUUGAGCCUCAAGUGUGAGACUGUCCCAACAGAUUCUGAUCGAGUGUCCUGUGUGGCUGCAGCAGCAGAAGGUUCUACUGUGUGGACGUUACAGUUCCCUGUUCAAAUCAAGCGCUGGAUACACGUGUCCAUCAGCUGGAACCCACAGCGGGGGCUGAACGUGUAUCUUAAUGGGCUGGACAUCCAGAGAUUAGGGGUCAAUGCGACUGUCAUGUACAAUCAGACCCUAGGAACAAUUGCUGUUCCUGAGGAUCUGAAGAUAGGAGCCACAGCCAGUGAUAGUGUUGGAGUUUGGAGGCUGGAUGACAUCUGGUUGGUGGAGCGAGAUAUCACUGUCAGUGAGACACGGGAACAUUAUGGUCAUGUGUCGGUGUGUGGUGAAGGUUGGAUAUACAAUAAUGUAACUAGCCUGUGUUACAACAUGACAGCCAGCGCCACCUACUGGUCACAGUCAGAAGCAGAGAUCCAAUGCAACAGUGAUGGAGGGACUCUUGCUGUGGAACAAGAUGCUGCUAUGCAUGAAUGGCUCGUUACCAAUGUUCUUGGUCCAAGUGGUAUCGAGAUGGGUGUCCACAUUGGACUGUCACAGACUGGCAACGAUGGGUCGUACCGAUGGUCCGAUGGAACCAGAGCUACUCAUCUCCCAGACAACAUGGAUAAACCUGCUGCUGCUGCUGCCUUCUGUGUGAUGCUGGAGCAGGUCACCUGGAGACAUGUUGCUGUGGACUGCGAACAUCACGUGGCAGCUCUGUGUCAAAGAUCUCCUUACAGGCUGCCCAACAAAGAGGCAUACCUUGGUAAGGACAUGCCGAGUUUCAACUAUUCCACCUUGUCAACUGCAUCAGGUACAGACAAUGUAGAAGGCAUUAUUGGCACUACCGUCAACUUCUCAUUGACCUAUGCUGCAGCUAGUUACGCCGAUGAAUGCCUGAACAACUUCAGGUUCUGCCACAACGGUUGGUCCCUGUCAGCCUGGUUCAACCUUCAACCAAUCACCAACUCCACGGGUCGACAAGUUGUGUUAUCCACCAGGCAGCAAGGCAGCGAUCACGGAAUUAUCGUCUAUGGGCAGAAUAUUGAUGAAUAUUACUUUAUGAAUGUUGUGGUCAGUGAUUGUGAAACUGUCACAAGUACAAGAUAUGAAAUGGGCACCUACUCAUGGAUACAUAUGGACAUAUCCAUCGCCAACGCCUCUAAUAUAUACGUUUCCUUCAACGGUCAGAACAAUACCUAUAUAGAAAACACAAGACUUAAUGGUUCGUGUACGCCUCCAGAUAUAGGAACCAUUGUGCCAUUAUCCAUUGGUGCCACUCCUACGGGUGGAGAACAGAUUAUUGGUGGGAUGGAUGAGAUUGAGGUGUUUGAACACAUACUUCUAGAACCAGAGAAACUUCUUAAAGAGGUGUCGGGGUAUUCACAGUCAACUCAGAUGGAACUCAAUUUUGAGUACAAUAACGUACUGAACCUGCAGCCAACCACAGAGAGACUGCCUGGAAAGUUUGGGUACGCCAUAUACAUCGAUUCGGGAGAUUCAGUCAGUCAUAAAGGACAAUUCACUUUCGACUGUUUUGGUUCAUUUGACCUGUGUGAUGACGGAUUUACCAUUGUGGUGUGGAUAAAACCUCAGAUGAAUGAAUCAGAAACGGACUUUGGCAUCGCAUCCGCGAUCAAUGAGCAUCGGGGAUUUAUGAUAACAUACCACACCUCCCACCCACAAUACGUACACUACCCUCCAUCCUAUUGGCUGACGGUGAGAGAUGGGAAAACAGAGCAUAACAUCCCUUUCCACAUGGGCGACUGGUUCUGGUCGCAUCUACUGCUGACUUGGCGUGAUGCUUCGCCGCAUCUAUUUGUGAAUGGAUUCCUAGUGACGAGUGAUGAAACUCGUGUUCUCUCCGAUGAUAGUUACCCUGUCACCCGGUUUCACUUAGGCAAAGCUGAUGAUAGAGUGACCUCCCUUGAUGGAUUCACUGGUGGCAUCGAUGAGUUCCUCUUUUGGCAGCAGUCUCUGACAGACGUCGAAGCUUACCUCAACUUGACCUCAGAGGUCAUAAGCGGAUCCUGUCAUCUUCAAGGCGGUUCGUGUCUUCACGGUUUGACGCUAAGCGUAAUGGUCCGUUUCCUGGACCAAAAUGACCACGAUCAGAUGAUCCUCACAACGGGUGGAGAUACUGAUGACGGGACUGGUGUAUUUUUACAAUUUGUCCCUAACAACCAGUCAAUGCAAUUCAGAAGGUACUUCAAACUUGGAGCAAAGACGUUAGACAAGGAGUAUUCUGUGCUGUUCAAUAUGCAAUAUAGACAAUGGAGCCAUGUCGUGGCAGAGUUCCACCCAAACGUGUCUCUGAAGGUGUUUGUAGACAAGCAGCUUGCAGGGGAAGACAAUGGAAAGGCACGGACGACUCUUGCUUCAGGCGUCGAUAGACGUUUACUGAUUGGCAGAUCAAGUGUUGAAGUGACAGAGCUGCCUAAUUUUGAAAUUGGACAGAUCGAUAUGUGGGACAAGGCAGUGGAUGGUUCCCAAAGUGGACAAGUUGAGGCCUGGAUGCAUUUUGUCCAUUAUGAUAUUGACCGCACCGGGUCGACAGUAUCUGAAGGAAUAUCCCUGACUGACUGCUACAGCCUGUGUAGUGAGGACAACAUCACAGAGUGCAACACUUUCUCCUUCUGCCCACACGUCGAGCUGGGGAACUGCUACCUGAUUCCUGACCAACUUACGGCGUCCAGCCUCAACAACACAGACACGUGUGACACUUUCAUCCCUGUCAAGUUGCCAUACCUCGACUACUUCACGUCAUGUGUAGCGGACACCGCUGUAUCUGCACUUACCACUGUGGGAAAUGUCAGCGACUGGGAGGAGUGUCGCCAGCUGUGCCACCAGGCUGCCAGUCAGUUUGCUGGGAUUUUCAAUGGAACAGAGUGCUUCUGUAGUGACGAUCUGGGUACCGAGCCCACCAUCCCUGACGUCAGCUGUAACAUCAACUGCUCCACCGUCGUGUCUGAGACGUGUGGCGGAGAUAACGCCGUCUCCGUAUAUAACACCGGAAGCCUGCAACCUCUCAUAGCACCGACUGUUGGGAUAGACACGCUUGUCGUGACCACGACACCAGGUGUUGUGUUAGUUAUGGGUCAAGUUAUAAAUUUUACAAUGGAGGUUAAUAACGACACGUAUGCAGGGUAUUUCAUCUCAACACAAGCCAUUGAUGAAGAUUACUUUACAGGAUUUAAUACUGCGUCAUUUGUUGCGGAUAAAGUUGGCAGAUUUACUCUGUCUGUAAGAGCCAUGAAUGAAAUCAGUUAUAAGGACUAUUUGACUGAUAUUUAUGUAUACAUACCUAUAACAAGUAUAGCCACAGAUUAUAUAAGUGCUGAAAAGACAAGCGAGCUGAUAAGCUUCUCUGUAACAGUCCUAAAUGGAACUAACAUCACUUGUGAGGCAGACUUUGGAGAUGGGGAUAGCGACAGUUUGUUCAAAAUGGAUGACGCUGUUCCAUUCUCCUUCAGUCACGCAUACUCCACUGCAGGGGUAAAUGCUAUCAAUAUUACAUGUCACAACAACGUCUCUCACCAUACUGACAUCGGCGCCAUCAUCAUCCAAGAUGUCAUCAGCAACGUCCAGCUGACAAGCGACAACCCAGUUCGUUACCCAGACGAUCUCAACGUGUCCUGGUCACUCGAUACGGGAACUAAUGUAACAUUCACCCUUCUUCUCGAUGGUACAGAGACAAACCUUGAAAACUACAUGUUCAGUAAUUUGUCUGGAUCUGCAGUAAUACCACAUGACUUCUACAACUGGACGGGACAACAUGCUCUAGCUCUUGUAGCCUCUAAUCUCGUAUCUCAGGAAGACUAUAACACAAGUGUCAUCAUUGAAAUCCCAAUUGACCAGGUGGCCAUUGUACCCAAUGGAACGUUCCAUGCUGUGGGCGCGGUUAUCAACUUUGAAAUUACUGUAGCAAAAGGUUCCAACCUGACUAUUGACUUACAGCUGGAUGAGGUGACGAGCGUGGAACUGACAUCACCCAGUAACAGCUUCAACCAUGUCUUCUCAUACCAACACAGCUAUAGUUAUGCUGGAGAAAAAACAAUCAACCUUACAGUGCGUAACAUACAUGGAAUUGUCAGUACAGCGUCUACACUCACCACUGAAGUGUCUGUCAUUGGUGUUGACGUCAUUGCAGAUGACGUCUUAAAUCCGGUUGACUUUGAACUUAAUGUCAUAUUCAAGGUCCUUAAUGAGUCAGAAAUCCCCACUAAUGCAAUUAUUGAUGUAGAUUUCGGUGAUUUAAGCUCAUUGUCACAUGUGAAUUCAGACAUUCAGAACCUUUACCAGAAUAUUACACACAAGUAUGUAACGCACGGUGUUUUUGUUCUUAACGUUACCAUUCGAAAUAAUGUCAGUUCUAAGUCUCUGUUCAAAGACCUCAAAGUUGGUGGUCCCAUAUCUAACUUCACAGUGGCUAUAAAUAGAAUGUUCAUCCCGUUUGGCUCACCACUCAUCGCAUCAGCAGAUGUAGCCUAUGGGUCGCUCAUCACAUAUAGCUACGAUCUGGGAGAUGGAACGUCAUUUACGCGAAACUAUACCAAAUCCUACCCGACUGCUGUAGAUACGGUGGAACACGUAUACAAUGACACUGUGGGCUAUGGAGUCACGGUCUGGGCAUCCAAUAGCUUCAACAAUGUGUCAGAAACACUGAUGGUCCAUGUGCAGGAGAGGGUUGAGGGACUCAUCCUCACGUCAAAUGCUCCAGUCCGAAUCAACACCACUGUCACUAUCUUUCUGACGAUGGUGUCGGCGGGAACAGACACCUGCUUUGUGUUUGACUUCAAUGACGGGACUGAAAUGUUAUAUGGAGUAGCUUCCUGUCCAUCCCGUCCAGAGUAUAACGGAAUCACUUUUGAAGAAAACCUGGGGUCACCGCUGGUUGUCACUCAUGUGUUCUAUCUGGAAGGCACUUACAACGUCACAGUGAACAGCUCUAACGAAGUAUCAUGGGACUUUGUAUCGCUGUCAGUGAACAUCCUGGAGUAUCUCUGUAUUGAGCCACAGGUUGAGAUACUAGGUCUCUCAAAGAACGGAUUUUCCCCAGUCACCAUAAAACGGUCGAAACGGUUUGAGUUGUCAGCUAACAUUGACACCCAGUGUGUUCCUCCAGUCAACACAGUCUACAGAUGGGUCAUGGAAAAGGUGUCCGUAUCAGGCAACCAAUCACAUCAGGUGGUUGAUGUCAUACAAGAAAUAAUCAGCCCAACAAACGGCCUGCCUUCGAUAACCGUUCCAUCCAACUAUUUACCGUAUGGAGUGUACAAAAUAUCCCUUACUGUGUCCUAUGAAAAGGGUUCCCCAUUUAAAACAACUGAUUACUCAUUCAUAGAAAUUGUACCUUCCCAGCUCAUAUUCUCCAUAUCGGGGGACUAUUUCCGAACGGUGUAUGUAGGCGAUGAUCUGGUAGUGGAUGGCAGUGCAUCCCAUGAUCCAGACCACAGUGGUAACACCACUGAAGGAUUACAAUACAAGUGGUUCUGUCGACUGCUGAAUGAGUCUUUUAUCACUGACAAUGACAGCGUCCCCUUGGACAGCGUUUCAACGGACAGUCCUGGGUGUCUUGGGAAUGGAUACGGAUAUCUUAACCAGACCUCCGAAAGACUUUAUCUGAACUCAUCUGAACUGGUGGUGAACCUGGUGUAUGUAUUCGGCCUGGUCAUCAGUAAAGAUAGUCGUGUGAUGUAUGGAGAACACAGAGUGAAAACUGUCGGAUCAAGAAUAUAUCCUAUUACAAUGCGGUGUUUUGACAACUGUGGCGCCAAGGUAGUUGCGAACCAGCCGCUGCGACUAGAGAGUGUCUGUAGCGUGUGUACCCAGCUGGAACAGUUGGACCUACCCUUUCUCUGGGAGCUCUUCAUUCUUGAUGGGGACGACUACCAACAGCUCAACAUCACACUGUGGGCCGUGAUAGGUUUCGAGGGUCCCAACUUAGCACUGAACCCGGGACUUCUCUCUCCUGGAGUUGACUACCGUCUUAGACUGACGUCCAACGACAUGAUCACCGAGAGACACGUCAGCAUCAACUUCCCUCCUUAUGGCGGACACUGCUACGCUGAUAAACAACUGGGCAUGGAGUUUGCGACGAAGUUUGUGAUUUUCUGCGAAGAUUGGUUAGACGAAGGUGAUCGCCCAGCCCCAGACCCUUUGGAGGACAGCAGAUACAAGGAACCACUGACAUUUAAAUUCUCCUACCGAGUACGAGGUUUGUCAUCCAGACCCCAUGUGUUCUAUGAGGUGACCGGGACCAACGUACACACAUCCGAAGUGAUUUUUCGAAGUGGACAACCUGAAGAGGAUCAUCAUAUUGACCUAUAUAUUGAAGUAGCAGAUAGCAGUGGAGCUUCAAAUGUCACUACGCUUUCUAUCAAGGUUAUCCCAAAUAUCGACCUCGUGGCGAGCGUUCACAGUGGUGACACCUAUGCAAGAUUUGAAGCCGAGAAAGACAUCUCCGCCCUAUUGCUCAUAAACCUGGGGGUCAUGGAGAGCUUAGACGAGGUGAACUCCCCCGCCAGUUCAUCUGUAACAGUGACUGUACAGAUGCGUGAGAACGUCGUAAGUCACAUAUCUCGGCAUGCAGACUGGGUGGAGACUCCCUCUCAGGUGGAACUCCUUUCUGACGUUUUGACGGAAGUCAUCCAGAAACCCGAGGAACUCUCUGUCAGCUCCAGAAAAGAGGCGGUGCAUGUGUACAACACACUCCUCGGCUCUUUAGACAGCGCCUUCAAUGAGUCCAGCGACACCGUCACACAGCAGAGAGUGGCAAAAGGAUUGUACGAAUCGUUUUUUGAUCUGAUGCUGUCCAACACAUUCAACUCGACGUGUGAGACUGACUGCGAAAACAAGAAGGCUCUGGCUGCCUCGACCCAGUCCGUGUUCAAAGCCAGGGACUCGUUGGUGAAGAUGCUGCUGAAGGGAAGUGUUGCUGGCGAGGAAGCAACAAUCAUUACCAGCACCGGCGGUGAUCUCACUUACAAGUUGCAGCGGACAAUGGCAUCAAAUAUGUUGAACUCCUCCACUGGCACCGGAUCUGGUAAAGAGGCAGCAUCAUUCCCCAACAUCACAGCAGCGUUGAUGAAAGCGGGUGCUGCAAGUGUAGACGUGGAGGUGAUGGAAUCGAGCAAACUACAGAUAGAUGAUACGGACAGUGUCCAGACACGUACAACAUCUGUCACUCUGUAUAACCAUGGCAACGAGAUAGACAUCAACCAGCUCACAGACGCCAUCAGUGUGUAUGUGUACCCAACCAAUGACGUUGCCACUGAUACAAUAGAUGUGGCUGAAAAUUACACUGGUGAUCCAUUUUACAUCAAGGUCGCUCUAGAAAGACCAGAUGUUGUUGUUGCCGCUCAGUUCAAGCCCGAAGAUGCUGAAAACGCCUCAUUUGCAUACUUCGUAAGCUAUAACUCUGUACCAACCAAUCAGAGUAGUGAAGUUAAUGGAACGAUGCCACUGGAAGAUCAAACGGAGGCUGAAAAACAGUGGGCGUUGACAUUCGACGUCACAUCAUUUUCCAGUUAUAGUGACGGGAAAAACCAAGAGAUGAAGCCAUCAGUGUACAUUGGGAUCGUUCCCUUACACGAUACAAAUGUGACAUCCUCGGUGCUCAACGUGACGAUCUUCUCUGCUGGGUGUCAGUAUUAUGACUCACAGUCUAGCAGUUGGAAACAUGAUGGACUGAAAAUAGGCAAAAAGACGGAUGCAACGAAAAUAGAAUGCCUGACAAGCCAUCUGACAUCCUUUGGGGCCAGCUUCUUCGUGCCGCCUAACACCAUUGACUUUAAGAACGUGUUUGCCAAGUUUGCAAACCUUGCAGAAAAUGCUGCUGUCUUCUCCACCAUCAUUGUCGUCAUCGUCCUGUACCUCAUUGUCGUCUUCUUUGUCCGGAGGGCGGACAAGAAGGAUGUUGAGAAGUGGAGUGUUGUCCCACUGAGAGACAACCUACCGUCCGACGUGUACCACUACCAGGUGACUGUGUUCACUGGCUUGAGGCGGAAUGCUGGCACCAAGUCCCAGGUGUAUCUGGUUCUUGGAGGCGAACACGGCGACACGGAGAUACGCUCACUAGAAGACGAGAAGGAACGGAGACUGGACCGAGGCAGCGUCAACAGCUAUGUCCUUAGUGUGCCCCAGUCUCUUGGAUCACUGUUGUUCUUGAGAAUCUGGCAUGACAACUCUGGGAAAGGCAUAGACUCCGACUGGUACCUCAAUAUGGUGAUUGUGAAGGAUAUACAGACUGACAUCAAGCAUGUGUUUCUCUGUGAUCGAUGGAUGGCUGUCGACAAGGAUGAUGGUCUUAUAGAACGUUUCAUACCCGUGUCCACUGAUGAAGAACUUGCAUCUUUCGGUCACAUAUUUGCUUUCAAGUCUCGACAAGACCUCACAGAUGGUCACCUGUGGUUUUCUGUACUAUCUCGCCCUACCUGGAGCACCUUCACCCGAGUCCAGAGGCUGUCCUGCUGUCUGUCGCUGCUCUUCACCACAAUGGUGGCCAAUGCUAUGUGGUAUGGAACCACUCCCUCCCAGGGAACCCAGGACGUCCAUCUCGGCCCCUUCACCUUCUCCCCUCAGGAGCUGACGACAAGUCUUAUGAUGAGCCUGAUCGUGGUGCCCAUUAACCUGCUGAUUGUCACGCUUUUCAGAAAGGCUGGUCCCAAGCCUCCCAAGAAAAACAAAAGCAGUGAUGCUCUUUACAAUACGAAUAAAACAGGACAUCUAUCCAAACAGUGGUCUUCUGAUGGAAUAUUUACCGUUGAACCUAUCCAGAAAGAACAUGACAAACAAAAGUCUCCAAAAGUGGUAACCAGAACUCCUGAGGCAAAGAAAUCGUGUUGUGUGUGGCCGUACUGGUUCACAUACAUAGCCUGGUUCUUGGUCGUUCUGUCGAUCGCUGCACCGGCCUUCUUCACGGUCUUGUACAGUCUCGAGUGGGGAGCUGACAAGUCAUCGCGCUGGCUCACCAGCUUCGUCCUGUCAUUCGUAGAGUCAGUCCUGCUCGUUCAACCAGUCAAGGUCCUGGCUGUAGCAAUGGUGUUGGCUCUCAUCUUUAAAAAAGUAGAAAUGGAGGAGGCGCCAACCCAAGAGUUACAGGGGGAGAUAACCCAGUAUAGCCAGUCUGGGAAAAGGAGCUAUUCCAGUUACGCAAGCCCGAUGAAACCAGCACAUCGUCGGCCUUAUGUUGAAAAGCCACCGGACUUCUCCAACGUGGACAAAGUGAGAAAGUACAGAAAGAAGCAGAACCGUAUGGUAGAAAUCCUCAAGGACAUUGGGAGCUACGUGUUCUAUCUUGUCAUCAUCGCUAUCAUCUGUUAUGAAAACAGAGAUGAGAAAUCCUUCCUCACAGUGAACAACAUCCGUAACAUGAUGGUGAAGGACAAACACAUGGUCGGGACUAAUUUCAUCAGGGGGUUUGAGGGGGUGUCUUCGUUUGAGGAGUUCUGGUCCUGGUCAGUCGACCGCCUGGUUCCAGCCCUGUACCUGAAGACCAACUUCAAUGGUGACAAUGUCACACACAAUAAGCUGUCUCUCCUGAGUGACCACGUACACUACAGGGUUGGACCUCCGCGACUCCGACAAGCUAGAGCUCUGCCGGAUUCAUGCAAAACACAAUCCCCUUUGAAUCGUCUCAUAAAAACCUGCAUCGCCGAAUAUGGAUUGACGAACUAUGAUGACGUAAGCUAUGACGUCAAAUGGACUCCACUGAACACAUCCGGUACAAACAAUCCAGUUGGGCCCUGGCUCUACCAGGAAGUCUCACAGCUCAACGGCAUCCCAUCGGUUGGGUAUUUUGCAACAUAUGGCGGCGGUGGCUAUGUUGCUGUACUUGGAAACGAUGACGUCACAGCAACAAAUAUGUUGCUUCACCUAAAAGAAAAUCGCUGGUUGGAUCGACAAACCAGGGCAGUAAUUCUUGAAACCAAUGUGUACAACCCCUAUGUGAAUUUAUUCUGUGCUGUAUCACUCAUGCUUGAAUUUCCUCCAACCGGAAGUGCAAUAAGCUAUGCAAGUAUCUCUCCUUUACGAAUGUAUAGGUAUGUUGGGCCAAGCGCUCUAUUCAUGGUGGUGACGGAUCUUAUAUUCGUGGCAUUUACAAUAUAUUUCAUAGUGAAACUCGUUCAACAGAUGAAAGUGAGAGGGAGAAAGUACUUGUACGACUUCUGGAACUUUGUGGAGUUCCUGAUUGUGAUGGCAGCUAUACUCUGUUGUGCUUUCUAUGGAAUGCACUUUGUUAUGACAUCUCUAACACUCUCUGACUUCCAAAAACAUCCAGGUGAGUUCGUGAACUUUCAGCGUAUCGUCCUGUGGGAUGAAGUGUUCAGCUGCAUGCAGGGCUUCCUGCUCUUCUUCGCCAUGCUGAAACUACUUCGUCUCAUCCGAUUCAAUGCCAAGGUCACGCAACUCAGCACAACACUGAAAAAGUCAGUUGGCCCUGUCGUCAACUUCCUCAUGGUCUUCAGUGUUGUAUUCGUUGCCUUCACUCAGUUUGCAUAUAUUGUGUUCGGCCCCCAGAGCAGCGAGUACUUCUCAUUUCUCACCAGUUUGGAAACAUUGUUCUCCAUGCUGUUGAUGAAGGUGAACGUUGAAGAGGUAAUCAUGGCUAACAGCAUCCUCGGACCACUCUUUCUUUUUACCUUCAUCCUCGUCGUUGUCUUCAUCCUCCUCAACAUGCUGCUGAGUAUCCUCAACGAGGUCUUCACGGAGGUCAGACUGGACACGAGAUGUCGUCCCGAUGACCCUAAGAUGGUGGAAUUCAUGUUUGAUGAGUUAAAGAGAAUCAUCGGUGUUUCACAGGCAGCAAAUGAUCAAAAGGAGAAAGUCAAGGAUAGAACAGACACCCUUCAAGUACCCGUGGAACGCUGGCUGGCCGCAGAGAAUGACCUUGACCGUUUCUCCCCAGAACCGCUAGAUGGGAACAACUACUGGAUGCCUCUCCCUCCCCACUCCACUGAUCUGUACUAUAAGAAAUCCGCAAAGUCUCAGCUUAAAGAUAUAUAAAGUUUAAUAGCCAAAUGUUGGUUAUUCUAAUCGUCCGGAAAUGAUCUGAAGAAAGAGUACGCGAGGAUUAUUUUAUAACGGUAAUAUUUGGUAUAUCUCUUACGUGUUUGUACUUUGUAUAUUAGGAGUGAAAUACUGUUUUAGAAAUUCAAAACAGGAACUCGUGUGGUUAUCCUAGUAUAUCGUAAUGUUUUUUUUAUAUUGUUACAGGCAUAUACAGUUCUUGAUGCAUUGGCCUUAAUCCAUGCCUACAACGAUCACUUACAGCAGAAUAUCAUUAGUGUCUUUAGUUGCCGUAUACGGUGUUAUAUUAGUUUAGCAGAAAUAUAUUUUUCUGUUAACCUAAUAUGACACCGUAUACGGCAACGUAAGACACCAUAACACAUCAUUAUGCCGAAAACUUUACAUUCUCUGGUAUCCACAUCGCACGUCAUGUCAAAAUGAAAACCUGACACUUACAAGCGUACGUUGACGUUAAGGGUCAAAGGGAGACUACUUUUCAAACCUUAGAGGCCAAACCUUGUUGACAUUUUUAACUUUAAUCUUUAUCAAUAAAGUCACGAACGUGAUUUAAAACAACAACAGAUUAAUGUCCUUGCAUAUCACAAUUAAUGAUAGUAAAACACAAAACAGUGUCAAAUAACGAAUUUCGGUACCAGAACUUUCAUGUGAAAUAGGUGGGUGUUGGAAAAUCCAAAAUGGCUGUUACGGUAUACGGUCUCAUAAUAGGUCUGUGACAACCAUCUUGUAUUUUUACUGACAGUAUACGGGCUCAUGUGGGGUCAGUAGUUCUGCUCUCUGAUUGGUCAAUCUGACUUUGAGGCAUAAUAAUGCUGAGUGUGGCGCUAAACAACAAAUAAACAAACAAACAAACUUAAGAUUAUUUGGAAAAUUUUUGAAACAAAUUAAAGAUUUAAGUACAUUUGUUCCGAUGAAUGUCCCUAUGUAGAGCCCUGCCGAACAUGUUCACUGCUUAUACUGUGGCUAACCACGUUACUGUUCUUUGUGUUGACGUUACAGGUAUAAUUGUGUUAACGUUAGAGAUCAAUGUACAGUGGAUAUAUCUAUCUGUGUUGUUAUUGUUGAAAGUUGCUUCUAAUGUACAUAGACAACGUGUUGACUUAAAUGGUCAAUCUCCGCAAGCCUGUGAUAAGAAACUCGAUUAUGUGUGUGGUAAUGAGUAUUAUGACAAGAAGUCUGUUUCCGUGUGAUACUUUUAAGAAACGGCUAAACUGUUAAUUAAUUAAUAAAUGUCUAAUUCCUAAGAAUGUGUCAUGUUGGUUCUGCGAUCUUUGUCUACAGGAUGUCUAUCUUAGUCAGUGAUGGUUGAAGUACACAUUGCGACUCGUGCCCCCUCUCGUGGCGGUUUUUGCGACUGGGUUCCGUCUAAGCGUAAUCAGGCAUAACUAAAAGAAAUGUCAACUCUUUGCGUUAUGAUUCACGUUUAUUUCACCCAUAUUUCAUAAGUAUUCCAGAUGCUAUUUAAAACACAUCAGGACUCACAUAAUUAUACAGUAUGAUUGAACACAUAUAACAGUCUCUUUGGCGUAUUUUUAGAUGCAAGACAUA